CCAGGACCUCGGGCUCCAUCUCCUCUUCCAGCUCGAACUCCUGCUUCAUAUCUAGAGAGCUAGAAAACAUGUCCGUUGCGGAGGGAAAGAAGCCACAGACGCAGGAGAAAAAUCCGCGUGGCAUUCCUCAAGCUCCCUUCAUCGCAGACGUGGAGGAGUAUCUAGGGAAUAAUAAGGACGUAGAGACAGCAUUGAAGGAGAUUCAGACCGCCCUUGCGAAAUACCGCUACAUGGACCAUAACCUCGCGCAACGGCGGAAAGGUCUCGAGGACAAGAUCCCGGACAUCAAGAAGACACUGUCCAUGGUCGAAUUCCUGCAGGAGAGGCGAGAAGGCAAGAGCAAGGCUUCGGAGAGCGACGAAGACGAUCUAGACGACGACCUCGACGAUGACGCUGCCAAUGACCAAAAGAAGUCCUUGCGGACGACGUUCGAGCUGAACGAUACCCUCUACGCCGAGGCCGAAAUUGAGGACACCGACACAGUGUACCUCUGGCUUGGGGCGAAUGUCAUGUUGUCGUACAAGCUACCCGCGGCCAUCGCGCUGCUCCGCUCGAAACUCGAGGCCGCAGAAGCAUCGCUACAGACGGUCGUCGAAGAUCUUGAGUUCCUCCGCGAGCAAAUAACGAUCAUGGAGGUAAACACAGCGCGCGUAUACAACUGGGACGUGAAGCGGAGAAGGGAACUGCGAGAGAAGGAGGCGUUGGAAGGAAAGAAAGACUGAGAAGCCAACUGUACGUUAUGUGAUGCUCCUAUUACACGACUCACUCUCGACGCGACAAGUGUCCCCGCGUUCUAUGUACUUCUGUUCGGCUGUGACCGCACUCCGGGACGUCGUUAUUCCGCA